AUGGAUAGAAUCCUGUUGAAAUACAUUUUUGACGAACUUUGCACGAGUUUCAACAAAAAGGAAAUAACCUCCCAUAGUAAAAAAAAAGAGGGCACUGAUAACAACAGUCAUAAUCAAGUUAACUACUGCAUAACGCUGCAGGAGUUAUUCGAAAAUUUGGAGAGAAAUAAAAAUGUGCCCAUGGAUGUGUACAUGAAGAGAGAAGUGCUUCGAAUUCUGUACUACUGCAAAGAUGUAAGCAUAUCACGACAAGGAAAGGAGGUAGCCGAGCCUGGGGAACCUGGCAAGCCCCUGGCAGACAAUUGUAGAGUCUAUCUAGAUCAAUACAACAACCAUGUUGAAUCCCCCCCGGAAGAAGACCCAAAUAUCAUCCUAAACACAGCCAGUCAAUUCAGUCUUUACAUAAACAACAUCUACAUAUACAACAAGCACAAUCUGUUUUACUACGAAAGAAUCAGAGAGUGCAAAGAGAAAAUAUUGAUCCUGUUGUAUAUUAUUUCCGGGAAGUACAACGGACUAAUUCAAAGCUCUCUGGCGAAGUACCUCAACAUCGAUGUCAAGAUGGUGCACUAUCACCUAAAAGUUCUAUUCCAGUAUUUGCUAAUAAAAAAAAUAAGCAUGAACAUAAGCAAUUUGGAGGAAACCCUAGAUUAUUGCAACCACAACAUGCAUAGUAGCAGCAGCAACAACAACACCAUAAAGUUAAACCCGUCCUACAUCCUAUACUUUAACAUCUAUUUUAUAUAUAAUUUGCUGCCCAUAUUUAUAAAGAACGUGUUAUACUCUCAGAACGUCCUUUCGAUAAAUAAAAUUAUUCUGCACCUCCUAAACAAAUUCAUUAUAAUACCACAGAAAAUAUUAUCCCUCAUAUUUUUCAAACUGCUAAUUGUGUACAACCCAUACUAUUAUAUACAAAUUAAAAAGGCGCUGAAGAUAUUCAACUCCAUUUUGUCCCACCUAAUUCGGAGAAAAAAAAUAAUAAUGUGCAAAAUUAAAAUCCAUUCAUCGUACGAAAAUUGCUAUUUAAAUUAUGAAAAUAAAGAUAAAAUAAAUUACGACAAUAUUAUUAACUUUCUAGUUUUGUUUUACCACAACUACGAUUACCUCAUCAAGUUUAUAAACAAAUCUUGCUACUUGAUGUGCGAAGAUUAUGUCCAGAAAAUUGAAUUCAAAAAUGAGUUCUUCAGUAGUGACGUUACCAAAGCGGGUGCGUGGGAUCAAUUGGGGAUACACCUAAAAAGGGGGGACACCUCCACCCAGUCGGCACAGAACCUCCGCGUGCAGAGUGGCCUCCACGGGAUGUUCAAACACUCGGAAGGUUACAAGACACGGAGAACGGUAUGCCCCUUAACAAACCAUAGUGCACCAAAUGCAGAUCCAUUCCCCAUGAGUCACUUCCCCCCGCGUGUCUACCCAAACGAAACAACUAUCGACGCCCCACAAAGCAGGGACAGCACCUUGGAGGACGAGGAAAACAUCUUCAUGAAUGAGAAAAAUUGCAAUUUGCAAAUAAACGAGUUCAAAAAUUACAUGGAUUUAAACAUCCACCAUAGACUUAACGACACGGACUAUUACUCUAGCUCACAUAACGGGAAAGAAGAAUCAAGCGAAUCGGAGUUUUCCUUUCUUUAUGCAAAUAAAAAAGCUGAAGAUUUGCCGAAAGAAACCGAAGAAAUUAACAAACCGAUUCAAGAUGGAAAGAAAAGAUCGUCGUCCUCGCAAUCGUCUGCCUCUUCCACCUUAGACAGCGAUUCGGAUAACAACACCUACACCAACCACUCUGUUAAGAAUAAAAACUUGUUCUUAAACCACCUCUCACUGUACAAUAAAAUUAAGUACCUAAUUAUGAGCAAAGGGAUAAGGGGAAUGACAACCAAGGAAAUAUCACAAGUACUUCUGAUGUCCAUUAAAAAAACGAACACCUUUCUUAGCAAGCUCGUUCGAAACAAAGAAGUUGUAAAAAUACCAGAAAGGAAGGACAAAAGCUUUAUGUACCGAUUUAUUGACAAUUACAUUUACCAAUAUGUGCAGAAGAGGCCGCAGGCCCUUGUUUACAAGAGUAAUCAAACGUUACAAGGCGUAGUAAAAAAUGACGAGGCAGCUCCGGGGGGGGGAGACCAUUCAAUGAGAGGUGAAAUUAUUCUAGAUGAUCUAUCGUUAAAAGGGAACAGAAAUUUUCUUCCCAUUAACCAAAUGAUGAGCACCUUGCUUGAUCAAAAAAGAAGUGCCCUCCCAACAGAUGACCACACCGUAAGUAUCAACCAACCAAACGAAAAAUUCAACAGUAACAACAUUGCGCAGGAAAACAUUAGUCACAUACAAUUUAACAAAUUAAACGAGUCCUUAAAUGUGCUAAACUAUAUCAACACUGUGAACGAAAUAGACAUAAACGUGCUGACCUACAUCAUACCGAAGCAGAAGGACUCAGUGGACAAUUUCGGCAACUAUAAAGAUUUUUUUGACCAUUAUGUGCAGAACUUCAAAACUUUUGAAGAUAAAUAUGAUUUAUACACGUGCAGUUUUCACUUCUUCUACUACUUAAAAUUUGUUCUGAAACGGGACAUGAGUCAUUCCAGCCCAAAAUGCAGCACUGAAAAGGUGAAGAAGCAGAAGAGUCAAGGUGCCAUUCUAAAAGAAUCGACAAACGAUGAAACGUGCGCAAUGCGUGAAGAUGACCCCGCCUUGAAUAAGGUAGACUCAUCCGAAAAACACAUCAAUUUUAUUAAAUACUUCAUGGAAGAUACAACCAAGUUAAAAAGUAACCUCUUUAUUAAGAGACUGUUCAUUUUUUGCCACUUCCUGCUUAGUUCUAAGGUGACUACAUUUCGGUAUCUUCAAGAUCUAUUUAUCACCAUAGAGAACAAUGGAAGAACAAUUGACAGAAAAUCCGUUCAAAGGCUUUUUAAUUACUCCACAAAAAUUAAUGCCUUUUUUAAAAAGUACACCCUUCUUAACAGCAAAACGGUUAAGUACUACUUCUACGAUUCGAAUGUCCUAUCCGAAAAGCAGUCCAACGAUUUGUAUGCAAAAAUUCAACAGGACUAUGCCAUUUCGUCGUACAAACACACGAAUUCUAAUGAUAAAACGAAUAAAGAGAAAACAGAAUAUUAUAACAUAUCCAGUGGUGACAUCAUCAGUAAGAAAUUUAAAUACACCGCUAAUAUUUUCACCGAGAAAGAGAAAAGUGCUAGCCAUUCUGCGCAGCAAGGGGGCGUCCCCACAAAAGAUGAUUCCAACUUGACCGCACAGAUGUAUAGUAACGAGGUUGACGCAUCUUAUUUUUCAUCCAACCGGGAAAAAGCACUGGUAGAUGAUUUUAUCGAUCUGACGAAGUAUCCUGAAAAUAAUCACCAAAGGGGAAUGACAUUGUACAAUUUCUCAGCUACAGCUGAAGACCCCAAUCUGUGGCACACCACACUAUGCAAUGAAGAAGCGAAUAUAGGUGCCCCUAAUAAUGACCCCCAUGGAACCAAAGGUAGAUGUAACCAAACGGGUUCUAACCUGUCCGCCUCAAUUCCGGAGGCCACAAUGAUAAAUUCAUUCCCACGUUUGGAAGUAGCCAACCGAAGCAGCAAGAGAAAAAUGGCUACAACUUCAAUCCACUGGCUCAGUAAAAGAGGCAAAAUGGAUCAGCCACACCAAAUUUGUGGUAUUGAGAACAAACUUCCCAGUGGCGAAAAUGGUGAAGUAACUUCGUACCACUUCAAUAAAAGUGGCAUAAAUUCCACCCUCAAUGAUAGAAACGAGAUUUCCAGAGGGGGACACCCCAUAGCAGAAACACAAGGUAACAGGCCUAGUGCACAACUCAGCCGCAACAACAACACUGCGAUAAGUUUAAACCAAAAAGGCACGGCCUGCAACGUGCUUUAUAUUGACAUUCUAAACGAAUCAGCCUUUAAAUGUAAGGAAAAUCAAAUUAUUAGCAAAGAAAUAAAAACCAGCAAAGUUUUUCAAAAUUUUAAAACCACCCAAGAAAUCUCCUACACCAUAAACUACUUCAACGGGUACAUCUUUUCAAAAAUGGCCAGAUAUAAAUAUUUCCACAAAUGCUUAAUAAGGAUACUGAAGGGGAAAAAGAGGAAAAGGGCAAGAAGAACGCGCACUGCAGAAAAGGCAAACGAAUGUAACGCCUCGGCUUUACUCACUCCAAAACCGGAUAAUCCCAAAAAGAGGAAAUUAUCAUAUAUAGAAGAAAUGAAAAGGAAAUCUUCCCCUAAAAGGGCCCAUAAAGUAGCCUCCAAACGAAGCAGCAAUACAUUAACUGUGAAGGACAUUUUGAAAAAUCUCUACCUAGAUGAAUACCUAAAAAUAAUCAGCGUGGGAUGCAAACUCAAUUACAUCGAAAAUUAUCUCCUACAUGAGAAAAGAAAAAAGAAAAUGAAAGAUUUACCCCCAAUUCUCUUCGAAUUUUUGACAUCCUAUUCUUCACUAAAUUGUAACAAGUACCGCAUGAUCGAAAGUUUUCUCCUAAACAAGAACGAUCAUCCGCAUUUCCUCAAUUCACCAAUCAGCACAUUCGUAACAAAGGGGAAAACAGGGACCCCUAUGACCUCCCUAUCGCUUCACUCAACCGAGGCGGAAACACCCACCCAGAGUGCCACUACAAAUCGAGUACAGAAAAACAUGCGAGCCAGGGAUAAGUCAUAUGAGAAACUAAACAGUGACCAAUUGUCCCAACACGACAUCAACGUUAUCAAAAGCACUGACAAAAUAUGCGUGUUGCUUUUCCUCUACAGAAAGUUAAAAUUUCUGUGCAACAUGAAUUUAGUAAAACUUAAAUUUCAAGACAUGAAUAAAAAUCAUCCUCACAAAUGGAAACCCAUGGUUGGCUCAAAUCCAAAAAACAGGAAACUUAAUUUAUCCUUCCUACAUUUAAAAAAGAACAAUUUGAAGAUUAUUAUCAAGAUAAACGUUAACAUUCAUUUGUUCGCGUCCAAAAAGGGUAGAAAGAAAUUCCGGAUGUACAACAUGUUUCUCUACAACAACUUCGAAGAAUACUACUACAACAUAUAUCUGACCGUCGAACGGUUCAAGAGAUUCCUCGUAGAAAGGCACCUGCAAAAAAGCGCUAGCGAAAAAUUGACCCUACAAGAUAUUCUCAAGAGCUCCAAAAUUAAAAACAAAGGACUGAAGUCUCUCCUGCUGCACAAUGCCUACACUAACCAAUUAUUCCUAACGAGGAAACUCAGGAAUCUGUUCAUAAGCUUAGUUAAAAAAGUGAAAAAAAAAAAUAUUUCAAAUUCGAAGCUAGACGAAAAUUUAACAGCCUACAGGGAAUACAACACAAUCAGAGAAUCAUAUAACGUAUCUAGGAGUAACAUUGAAAAAUACUUUUCCGUCUUUUACGAUUGGUACAGUAAAGAACAAAAUGGGGGUGCAACAAUGACAGAGAAGGACUUGUCCUUUUCAUGCCCCUUCUGCAACAACGCAUAUUUUUUUAAAAACGAUUUGCUCAGCCACAUAUCCAAUGUCCAUCAUGUGAACAGGAAUCUUUCAGACCUCAUUUCCUUCUUUUCAAAUUCUAAGCAAAUGAUACAUAAGAAGCUCAGCGAUUUUUUGAAGAUCAAAAAUAGAGUCAAAGAGAAUGCGAGCAGCUCCCCUCCCUACAUUUUUGACAGCCAUUUCGAUAACCUCAAUCUGGCCAGCGCACCUAGGGGGAAAAAUGCCACAGGUAUAGGAAAACCCCAUGCUCUGCAUUACAUUGACCAAACCGCCAACAUAUGCGGACCCGAAAUUGCACCCCCCUGUGAUGCAUUUGAAAAACAGUUGAAGAAGCUGCCACAGAUGAAUCACCAAAAGAGAGUAGCCAAUUCAUGUAACAGGACUCAUCUGCUGCACCAAGAAUCCACGCAAAUGAAGGGAAGACACACGGAAAUUAUUUCUAAGCGAGAUAAGGCCAACGGUAGACACUGUGAGGAACCUGCCAAUCUUCCCCUAACCAGAUGCAAAAACGAGAAAGUCAAAAACUUAAACAAUUUCAUAGAAAACGUAAAGGUAAAAUAUUCCCUGCGAAUAGUCUACAUUUAUUUCGUAACUGUAAUUGUGAAGCUGGCCAUGUCGCAGAAAUAUUUGGAAAAAGCGAAAAAAAACAGGGAACGUCAAAAUGAGCGACUUCUUCUGGACAAACCGCAUCAAAAUGGGGUAAAUUAUUCCUCAUCGGGAUGGGCAUCAUCGAUCAACGAUAAUUACCGAAUGGAUAGAAACAUCCCACGUGAUAUUUCAAACCGCAGAGAAGUAACCGGGGGAUGCUCCUCAAACGAACGAAAGAAAUUGCACACGAAGAAGGACAAAUUUACGAAAGAGGGAAAGAAAAAAGGGCGAUUAUUCAAUGAAGUCACCACUAAAUACCCAAAUCGUUACGGUAAAAAGAACGAAUUGAAACGCCGUAACAAACAGAGCGUGGCACUAGUACCUUCCCCUUCGGGAAUGCCAGACGAUCCCAAGUGUUUUGCAUCCAUCCAGCUGAAAAAAUUCCAUAUAAUAUACCAUUUAAAAAAUAAGAACAACUCGGAACCGUACAAAAAGAGCAUAUGGAUUAUGGCAAACAAUAUGAUGAUCGGAAAAUUUAAACACAACGUUUGCAUGUAUAUCCAGAAAAAGCUAUUUAUCUAUUUCAAAAAGAACAUUGUUCACUAUUUUUUCAUUCUGUCGAAUGAAAAUUUUGCUAGGUGUAUUCUGAACUACUUUGAAACGCACAUAUACAACUCUACCUACACCAACAUCAAUUAUUACUACGAUAAGUACAUAAAAAAUAUUUUCCACUUUAAAUUUAUUUCGCUUAUAAAUCUGUUAAAAAUUUUUAUAAUAAAUUAUGGGGAUCAGUACGCACUGUACAGGGAAAUUACUAAACCGUUGUAUUUUCAAAAAAUCAAGGACAUAAAAAAUGCCCUAAAAUUUAUAAAAAAGAGAAAUUACAUCGUGGAUACAUCGUAUGUCUUAUCAUACUACAUUGCCAAUGAUCUUGUGUGCGACAAUGUAUAUUCUUAUCUCAUUUAUAAAUCCCUUUUUUACAAAAAGAAAUUAUCGCUAUCUUUGAAGAAAUCUCUUGUGGACAACGUUAUGGAUAUUAUUUAUCUCUAUGGAGUUUACCACUCUAAGAAAAAUUCGGAGAACGUCCAAGCAGGGGCGCUGCACAGAGAGGAGAACAUCCCAAACUGUCACUUAGAGGAAUUACUCUACCACAUCGAUGCAGUGUAUGACGAUGAAGAUGGCAUAAAAAAUGGGCGUCUCCAUUUUGAGAAAUUUCCGAGUGAUACCACGCCGCCGGACGGUUACAAACAUCCCAAGUUCAACGCUCAGCCGAAUUUAUACCCCAUGCUAAACGACUUGAGCAGCCAUACUUAUGAUCACACGGAAUGCCCGAUCCGUUCUCACGACACCUACGACGUCAUGCAAAAUGAUAACUUCACGAACGCAAGUUCUAAUGCAGAAUGCACGAGGCACUACUUUCAGAAGAAGCUAACAAUUUUCGACUUAAAUUACUAUGUUCAUAAUUUCCUUAAGGGGGAAAUGACCCUGUGCGCGUGUAAUAACUACAUACUGGCGGAUGAGGACGCACAGACGAAAGAUGACCCCAUCGGAGGUGAUCCCUACGGGGAAGAUGAUCCCUACCAUUUUGGCAACUUCGAGGAGGAUCACUAUGGGGAUCAUCACUAUGAGGAUGAUCCAUCUGACGACGAUUCUUACGGGGACGAUUCCUACCCUGAAGAGGGAGACUCUUCUCUGCAUGACGACCAACUUAGCGACACGGAAAUGGACACCCACCGACGAGGAAAUAAAAAAAAAUACAGACAAAAAAACCACGCACAAAAGUUCAAACGAACCAGAAAAAAAAAAACGAACAAUUGCACCUCUCACAGUUUUAAAACCAGAAGGGGAAACAAAACAAACAAUGUGGACUACCCAAGCGGAUGUUACAAACAGGAAGAGAAAGCCUUGAGUUAUAUGUCAUCCAGUGCCAACGACUCAGAUAUAUUUGACAACCUUUCAGAUGAUUUCGAAAUUAUCAAACUUCUGGAAAAUGCAGAUGAUGGAAGAAAGAAACUCCUCGGAGGAAUAACCAAGCAUAUAAAAUGUCUAACGAAACAUGUUAGUGAGUACUUUCCCAAUUACUACGUCCUAAACGAUUGUAAAAAAAAAAAAAUGGAAAAAAGAUUGUCCCAAAUUUUCUCCAGGGGUAAAGAUAAAAAUGGUUCCAAACUGAAUAACUCUCUUCGGCACUUAUACUAUCACACCGAUCAGCAAAACAACAGUCUCUUUACUUAUUUUAAAAAAUAUUGCUUACACAUAUACGAGAAUCACAUCAGAGGUGCGAUGGCGACUGGGUCCUUUAAAAAUGCCCUCCUCCUAAACAUUAAUGAAACCAAUCUCGUUAAUUUUGCAAAUCUUUUCGGGAAAUAUGUACAACAAAAUAACUUUCACAACAAGGUCAUUUAUAGUAAGAACAAAUUACUAAUUUAUAAUGUUAGCAAAAAGUCCUUCAUCGAUUUUGAUUGGUAUCCUCAGAAUAUCCAUCUAUAUAAUAUCGCCUAUAUUUCCAAUGCCCCAAAGAGAGUCGACUCUUUGCUGGAAGUCCAAGUCACCAAUAUGAAAAAUAGCGUUUAUUGGCUCCAAAGAGGCAACCACAAAAAGGCAAAAUUGGGGAGAAAAAAAAGGAGCGCCCAUUAUGUUUCGCUUAUGACAAACGAAGGACAACCAUUCCAGCAGAUGUACAAGCACGAAAGCUCAGAAAUUGCACCCACGGGUAGCUACCCCAAAGGAGGAAAGGAAACACCUGUACAAUCACCCCACCGCUAUAACACACGGAAAAAAACUUUUGUAAAAAAAGUGAAGAUUAAAAAAGGAAAAGAAAAAAAGAUGAACACCUUUAAAGAGUCAUUUAUCUUUGUUGCACAAAUUUUAUAUCACGUUUUCUACCUGAGCGAUAUGCUAAAUACAUACAAUGAGUGUACAAAGUACGAGGGUGACACAUCCGAAAAAAAAGAGGGGAAAGCCUCUCCUUCUGGAGGGCUCAACGACAUGUACAGAGACCGAGACAACGAUAAAGCUAAGCAUCAUAAUGUAAUCCGGGAUUGUCAUGCCAUCUGUGCAGAUAGUGCAAAACGUGGAAGUGAUAACCUAAAUGGGGAACUUGGAGAAGCGGACGACGAGGAAGGUCCACUUGGUAACUUUCCGAGUGGAUUCCCCACCAAACUGCCAAUCCAACUGUCGAGCGAACUUCCGAACCACGACAACGAAGAGUAUUACAACGUGAACAAUUUCAAGCUGAACGACCCGAGAGUCAUAAGAACGGUGAAACGGCUUAAUGGACAAAAAGCCAAGAAACGCAACACCACACAGAAAAGGGCUUCGCACAUGAAGACCCCCAGCAAGGACAAAACAAACACCCAAAAGAGCUCCCCCCUUUUUAGCAAAAUAAUACGCAGAAUGAUAUUCAUCCUUUUGUCUGUUAAGAAAAAAAAAAAAGAAGGACGUUUUAUGGAUAGUUUAAAAAAAAUGUAUUUACAAGAAUUUUUAAAAAAUACAACUUAUAGGAAAUACACACAAGUAAAAAAGGAGUAUGAUUUUAUUCUUUUCCUCCUACACAAAUUAAAUCUUAUAAAUAUAUUCCCCCUCAUGAAUACACAUAAGAUAUUUGUACCCCAAUAUCAUAGCGAGAAUAAUGCGUGUAAAAGGAAAAAUGUAUUUUAUGAGCACAACUUCAAGUACCCCUUUUUGAAUAUGAUAAAUUUCCACUUGGCUAAUUUAAAACUGGAGUUUAAGAAGAGCACGGAAGGAGACACAGAGGUCUUCGAGAGGUUCCUACUGCAGAGGGGAAUGCUCCCAAAAGGGGUGCUGCUAAGCCGCCAAAAGAAAGACACAGACGUCGCGGACGAAAAGUACGCGGGCAAGAAGAACAUUGAAGAAAAAUUCAUUUACAACCACAGAAAACUAGUCUAUACUGAUUAUAUAUACAUAAAUUACACAAAUAACAAGACCCUGAGGAAACCGAAUUUCAUUCCAAGACUAAUUGUGCUGUUCAACCUCCCAUGCUACAUCAUCCUUCAUGAUUAUUUUUUCCUCUACCUAUUGGAAUAUUUUUGUAAAAUGAAAGAGACCCUUGAUGAAGAAACGCAAAGCGGAUUUAAAGAGAAUCAUAUCUAUCGAACCAAACUUGGAGAUAAACUACUGUACCUUAUUGAAAAUAAAUCCUACCCCCGCGUUAUAAGAUAUAUAAAAAGGAUUAUUAACAAGGCGUGUAAAUAUUUUGAGCAUAUGCUCUUCUCAUAUAAAAGGAAAAAUGAUGCCCCAUUUUACAAAACCGUUACGCUUUACUACUUUAAUGAUGACUACAUAAAUGUAAAUAGCUUUACUUACAUGAAUGGAAGUAUCAAUGUGAAAUUUAUCUUUUUCUAUAUUUUAAAAGUGUUCUUCUACCUCAAGGCGAAUCCGUUUUCCUCCAUCUUUGACAUAUACAGGAGUACCGAAAUUCUGAGCUUCUGCGACCUGAACUUCCUCCUAAAAGGCAUGUGUCAGGACAGAUUCAUUUCCUUCAAACUGAUGUACAUAUCGAAGAGGAGCGAGAUGUACAAGCUAAACAAAAAUUACAAAAUUGUUAACCACUUCAACAAUUUGGUACUAAACGAAAAAAAAAAGAAGAAACAAAAUAGAGCAUCUUCACCCGCCCCAGGGAAGAGAAAGCCCUGCUACAUAUUUGGUAACAGCACGAGCUCGGGUGAGGACCUUUCCACUGAAGAUAACAUUUUGAAGAAAGGAAAACGAAGGAAAAAUGGAAGAGACCGAGUAAACAGCACGAAUUGGGCGAAUUCCACAACAGAUGAAUGGACAAGCAGCAUCGAGGAUGCCAACUUCAUUCCCGAAAGCGAACGAUACGAAGCCGCCUCCAAUUAUGAUGCUUUCCUUGAAAAAAUGUUGUACAAAAAGGUGAAGCUUUAUUACGUAGCCGAUGAGGGCGUCAUUUUUGAAAAAUACGCCGGCACGUUAUGGGGCUGA